CAGGAUGAAUUUCACCCCUUCAUCGAAGCUCUUCUUCCCCAUGUGCGUGCAUUCUCAUACACAUGGUUCAAUCUUCAAGCAAGGAAGCGCAAAUACUUUAAGAAGCACGAGAAGCGGAUGUCAAAGGACGAGGAGAGGGCGGUGAAGGACGAGUUAUUAGGGGAGAAGCCUGAGAUCAAGCAGAAGUGGGCGUCACGGCUCUUGGCCAAGCUGAGGAAAGACAUCCGGCCAGAGUUCCGAGAGGACUUUGUCCUGACCAUCACCGGGAAGAAACCUCCGUGUUGUGUCCUUUCCAACCCAGAUCAGAAGGGCAAAAUUCGGAGGAUUGACUGCCUCCGCCAGGCAGAUAAGGUGUGGAGGCUGGACCUGGUGAUGGUCAUCCUGUUUAAGGGGAUUCCGCUGGAGAGCACAGAUGGGGAACGUCUCUAUAAGUCGCCCCAAUGCUCCAACCCAGGGCUGUGUGUACAGCCUCACCACAUUGGGGUGUCCAUCAAAGAGCUGGACCUCUACCUGGCCUUUUUCGUCCACACACCUGGUAAGUUUUGGCCUUGCAUCACUGUCUACACGCGCACUCACUGCAGCAUAGCUGUUUUUAAGUUUAAGACCUUUAUCGCUGGCAAAUCCAAGUUGACAUUGCUCCAAUGUAAGGAAAUCUUUGUUAAGAUAUUAAAAAAAAACAUGAGGCACUAG